GCCGCGUUCAACCGCAGUGAAGAUUGCAAGCGCCACGGUCGCAAUCUUGCGAUCGCUCAGCUCACCUACAACCGCCUCAUCGCCAAGAAGGAAGGAGAGGCUCGUAAGCGUGCUGAACGAAGAAGCAUGGCGAGUCGUCGGAGUACCGAGACCUACACUACCAAUGAGACUGCUUCUGGCAACAGUCCCGAACUCACCACCCCUGCCCCGCCCAUACCUGACACUAUAGAACUCAGUUCUCCCGACACCGCCGACCAUGCAGUCCAUUCACUUCUAUCUUCGUUCAUCAACCGUCGACGCACUGGAUGUGCAAAGAAAGAACCGGCUACUGAACCGCCGGAGUCUCACCAGCCGCCCAAGCAGCCUUCGGGGUGUCAACCUUCAGCGUCCCGGCUGUCUACCUUGCACCGAACAAGCCAUCAACGUUUCGAUCCUCUGGGUGAGAGUGCACAGCGGAAAAGCAAAGAACGCGAGAGCCAGAUUUCACCCGCGCACGACUCGAUAGCUGUAGGCUCAUCAUCAGCUGCUCCCGCUUCCUCGAUCCUCAACGGUGCCGCGGGAGAACAAGCAAACGGAAAGAGGCCGAGGUCGGACUCCAUGACUGAAGGGUCCGCGACCGAGGUCAGAGCGACAUCAAGAGCGAGCGAGAUCAAGCGACUGAAGAUGAGGCUGGAAGAGAUCUCGAUUGAGAGACGGUUGAUGGAGUUGGCGGAAGAAGUCUGAUAGCCAAUCACGAUGAUCGAGCUGUCUCGGACACGGCGAUUUCUUGAUAAAGGGACGGGGUUUGCUGGAGCCGCGGAUGAGCAUGUGUCCAGGGGCGAGUAGCUUCAGGCGAGUGAAAGAAUGCAACUUGGCUUCGCAGAUGGCAACGAAAAAGCUGUUGGACGUGGCUCAGGAGUAAGACUGGUCGCGAUGUCGAAGAGCGCACGGACAUGAGAUGAAAACCGCAAAAGAACCAUGAGAGAACCGUAGAUACACGGUUCUUUUCAGAUAAACCGUCCUUUCUUAAAAACCGUUUACUCGAAUAAACGAAUCUAAAGUAGAAACUUGCCGACCGCCGCUAGCUCCCGCUCUAUGCAGCCA